GCAGGAAUGUUUGCCGUCGUAAAUUCAUCUUCGUAGUUGUGUUGGUGAGUGGGAAGCAGAGGAUCUCUGGGAUUCAGGAUACAAUCACCUGAGCUCUCAAGGAUACGCAUACAGCACAGAUUACAUCAUUCCGGUUUAGAACAGACAUCAGGGCUGCCUUCAACAUGAGAUCAGCCAUAGCCGUGAUAUUUUUGUGCUUAUGCUUAAAUUCAGUGGCUUCAGGUCAUGGGGUGGAGACCAAACAGAGCUGUACCUCCAAUGCCUCGAUUACAUUUAAUCUCACAUGCUCGGAACGGGACAUGCUGCAUUUCAUCGAUUUAAACAUCCGGAAUAUGACCGCCAAUUGCGGACAAGGUUCUUGUAAGUCAGGGUUCGCCAGUUCUAAAGACGUCGACUGUAUGGGAGUGUCAUCGUGCCAGAAGACUGUCAACAAGACAAUGAUAGAGCGAGUUUGUGGGACCGUCGAGAAAUAUCAACCAACGAUAUCAUAUGAAUGUGUAGAUGAGACACCGGUGGAUAUCUGUAGCACAGCUGGGGCUGUAUCUGAUGACGAGAUGACGCUGUUUCUUGCAUCACCAAACUACCCAGGCAACUCGAAUGCUUCAGAUACAAACAGGACCUGCACGUGUGACCUUGCAGGGUCAGGCAUGUCGGUAGAGAUCCUCGUGGGCUACUAUGGAUGGGGUGAUGGCAAAAUGGACAAAUUCAACUUGACAUCAGGUUCAGAGACAUACACACCGACGAUUGCUAACUCUACUAUCGGACAUCUGAUAAUAGGUCCGAAACCUAUGGAAAACAAGAAUGAAAUAACCUUGAAUUAUAAUGCCAUUCAGAAGGAGGGGAGGGAUGGCGAUUAUCUUUGGCUCAGAGUUAAAGGUACCUCCUACCUGACCGUGGCCUGCAACGGGGCAGCACCACCCUCAACACCCGAACCUGGUCUCACCACCCAGGCCACAGAAGGAGCAUCCCAACUUGGAGGUAUCCCGAUGCUGACAGUGGCAAGCAUCUGCGCUGCUGUAGGCUUCGCCAUCUAACAUAAUCUAGACGCGACAAGGAUGAGAUGAUGGCAACUUGAGAAUAUAUGGACGUGAAUGUUGAAGAAAGCAAUGGGUACAUCUCCUGACGAAUAUCAGGUGGUCUGUAAUAACGUAAACUGCCUUUAUACCGAACGAAAGGAUAUAUAAAGCUGUAUAUCAAUCGGGAGCAACAUUUCAGGAUUAUGCGACGUCCAAUGACAUAUCAGCACGGGGAUGAUUGACUGAAAGAACGAAAGAAUGAAAAGCAGUACCC